AUGAAAUAUAGUGUUAUAAGUAGGGGAUUAAGUUUCCUUUUCCUCUGGGGAUUAGCCAAGGCCUUUAUUCAUCCAAUUACAAUUCAUGGUCAUUAUUUUGUUGACACAGUUUCAAAGGAGCCGUUUUUCAUUAAAGGAGUGGAUUAUCAACCUGGAGGAUCUUCUGGAGUGACGAGUCUUAAGGACCCUUUAAGUGAUCCUGAAGAAUGUGCUAGAGAUAUCCUACUUUUUCAAGAAUUAGGAAUCAAUACAAUUCGUAUUUACUCAAUUAAUCCAGAUCUCAAUCAUGAUGUUUGUAUGUCAUUGUUGGCAGCAGCAGGUAUAUACUUAGUCUUGGAUGUCAAUUCUCCUCUACCUAAUCAACAUCUUCAUAGAUAUGAACCUUGGGCUUCUUAUAAUAUUGAUUAUCUAGAACAUAUAUUUAAAGUAGUAGAACAAUUUUCUUACUACAAUAAUACUUUAGGAUUCUUUGCAGGUAAUGAGAUUGUUAAUGAUCCACAAUCUGCUAAAAAUUCUCCUGCCUAUGUUAAAGCAGUUAUAAGAGAUUUAAAAAUGUAUAUAGAAUAUAAUUCUCCUAGACCCAUUCCAGUGGGAUAUUCUGCAGCAGAUGAUUUGAAAUACAGAAUCCCUCUAGCUGAAUACCUUGAAUGUAUUGAUUCAAAUCCAGCAGAAUCUGUUGAUUUCUAUGGUAUUAAUUCAUAUCAAUGGUGUGGAGAACAAACUUUUUAUACAAGUGGUUAUAAUUUACUUGUCGAAGAUUAUAGUAAAUAUAAUAGACCAAUUUUCUUUUCAGAAUAUGGAUGUAAUGAAGUGUCACCAAGAAUAUUCGAAGAAGUUAAUUCUCUUUAUUCGACUGAUAUGAUAGAUGUAUUCAGUGGUGGGUUAGUUUAUGAAUUUAGUCAAGAGCCUAAUAAUUAUGGUUUGGUAGAAAUAUUAGCAAAUGGUGAUAUUAAAUUACUUAAAGACUUCACUCUGCUUAAGACUCAAUUUGAAUUAUUACCUGAUAUUAAUUAUAAUUAUGUUGCUAAUUCUAUGAGAAGAAAUGCUAAGGAAAUUCAAGCCAAAUUAAAAAAGCAAAAAUAUGCCUUACCAAUAUGUGAUAAUUCUUAUGAUAACCUUGAUAUAUCAAAGGGAAUACCCCAAACUCUUGCCGAAGAUAUGAUUGAAAUAGGAGUACAAGUUGCAAGAGGUAAAUAUGUUGAUCUUGAUCCUGUCAUGCUAAGUUCAAAGUUUAAAACUUUUGAACCAAAUGGUGAACUUCAUUUAGGUGAAAAAUCCAUUAUUCCAGUAGUUGAUAUUAUGUCAGGAACAGAUAUUGUGAGAAGACCACAUAUUAAGGGAUUUAACAAUUGUACGUAUAAUGACACCGAAGAUGACUUAUCAGAAGAUUCUAAUUCUGAUUCUGAUUCUGAACAGGAAGAGAGUCCUUAA